CGCAAGAGAGAGAUUUUCUUCCAAGGAACUUUACUUAUAAUGUCUAUGCCGGAUGUGGAGACACUUUUUAUGAAGUAUUUUUUUUUGUUUUCAGCUUUUUAACUUCGAUUUGAUUAACGUUAAACCUAUUUUAGACGAAUAUAGCCUUAGGAUAAUUGGAUGAAAGAGGAAAUGGGUAACAAAAAGGAAGAGAGCUCGGUCGCGGAGUCGGAAUAUGGGGAACCUGCUCAGUAUGACCCCACUUUUAAUGGACCCAUUCGAAAAAGAGGCUGCACGGACAUCAUCUGCUGUGUCCUGUUCAUGCUCGUCAUCCUUGGCUACAUGGUGGUUGGAAUUUUGGCUUGGCUUUAUGGUGAUCCCCGGCAGGUCCUCUACCCACGGAACUCUGCCGGAAUGUACUGUGGCAUCGGCGUUUAUAAAGAUCAACCCAGUGUGUUCUACUACAACAUACUGAAAUGUGCCGCGUCCUUAAACGUGAUCGCUGCCACACUUAACGGGUUACAAUGUCCCACAACACAGGUGUGUGUACAACAGUGCCCCAAUACAUUCUGGGGUUUGAGUGUUACCGACUACCUUCCAGGUGUCAAACCUGCAAAUGUCUUCAACCAGUCCCUCUGCUUGCCAACAAUAAACCUGGAAAAUACUAAUCUUUCUGUUAAACAGAUUGUAGAUCGGGAGCUAUGUCCGUACUUCUACACUCCUACAGUCUCUGUAUUUGGACGAUGCUUGCCUGAUGUUGGGGCUUUCAACGACAUUCCCCCUUCCUUUGCUAAUGUGUCAGGCUUGCCAUCAAACAUCAAUGUUACAAUCAGCGGCAUCAUGAAUGCUACUGGUGACAUAACUAAUGGAUUCAAUGCCAGGGAUAUUGGUGUGAAAAUCUUUGAGGACUUUGCGUCGUCAUGGCAGUGGGUUAUCGCUGCUCUGGUCAUAGCCAUGGUGGUCAGCUUUCUGUUCCUCCUGCUGUUGAGGUUCAUUGCUCCUGUUAUCGUCUGGGUCCUCAUACUGGGAGUGUUGGCAGUAGGGGCCUAUGGAAUAUAUCACUGCUGGUGGGAAUACGACAACUACAACAAGUUGAACGCCUCCAUCAGUACUGUAGGCUUCACUACCAACUUCGGGGUGUACCUGCAAGUCAAGGAGACCUGGCUGGCCUUCUUGAUAAUAAUAUCUGUGGUGGAGGCCAUUCUCCUCUUGACCCUCAUCUUUCUGCGGACCAGAAUCUUCAUCGCCAUCGCUCUCAUCCAGGAGUCGAGCAAGGCUAUCAGUCACAUGAUGUCUACGCUGUUCUACCCCAUCAUCACAUUCAUCCUCCUGCUGGUGUGUGUGGCCUACUGGGGCAUCACUGCUCUGUAUCUUGCCACUUCAGGCACACAGGUGUACAACGUGGUGGCCCUGAACUCCACUCAGGGUACCUGUGGCCAAAUCAUGGGCAACGUGACCUGUGACCCCCAGACGUUCAACUCUUCAGACUACCCGGGUUGCCCAUCAGCGCGCUGCGUCUUCAUCAUGUAUAACACCCAGGGCCUAUGGCAGAGGAACAUGUUCAACCUGCAGAUCUACAAUGUGGUGGCCUUUCUCUGGUGCAUCAACUUUGUCCUCGCCCUGGGUCAGUGCACCCUGGCCGGGGCCUUCGCCUCCUACUACUGGGCCUUCAGCAAGCCCUCGGACAUCCCCACCUUCCCGCUGUCGCAGGCCUUCAUUCGCACGCUAAGAUAUCAUGUCGGCUCCCUGGCGUUCGGGGCGCUCAUCCUAACCCUUGUCCAGCUGGUCCGUAUCAUCCUGGAGUACCUGGACCACAAGACCAGAGCGGCUCAAAACCCCUGUGCUAGGUUCCUUUUUUGCUGUCUGAAGUGUUGCUUCUGGUGCCUGGAGAAGUUCAUCAAGUUCCUAAACAGAAAUGCUUACAUCAUGAUUGCAGUUUAUGGGAAAAACUUCUGUGUUUCUGCGAAAAAUGCUUUCCUCCUUCUAAUGAGGAACAUUGUCAGGGUGGUGGUCCUGGAUAAAAUCACAGACCUGCUGCUGUUCUUCGGGAAGCUGCUAGUGGUGGGCGGAGUCGGUGUCCUGGCCUUCUUCUUCUUCUCGGGAAGAAUAAUUCUACCUGGCAGCAGUUUCCGUCCGCAAAUGCUUCACUAUUACUGGAUGCCCAUUAUUGUUGUUAUUGUGGGAGCGUACCUCAUUGCUCAUGGAUUCUUCAGUGUGUACAACAUGUGUGUGGACACGCUCUUCCUCUGCUUCUUGGAGGACUUGGAGCGACAUGACGGUUCGGUGCAGAAGCCAUAUUACAUGUCCAAAAACCUGAUGAAAAUCCUCAACAAAAAGAACCAGGGACCUAAGAAGGGCAAGGACAAGAAUUAAGGGAGUGGCGUAUUGUGAGAUAUUACUGUGCAGCACAGUCACUUUCAACAUCCUUUAACAAUCUUGAAGCACAAAACCUUUAACUCUUUUUUUCUUAGAACCUUGAGCCUAAUUUGUUUUCCUGCUCCUAAUAUGCCAACGUUUACACGUUUUCUCUUUUUUGCACUUUCAGUGGGAGAAUACAUGUGCAUGUGUCAAUUCAUAGUGAACGUAAGAAUAUGAAAUGUUUUCUUACAUUCCAACUAUGCCUUCUAUCAAUAUUAAGUGACCAAAACCUGAGUAAUAUACAGGUGCUGGUCAUAAAAUUAGAAUAUCAUCAAAAAGUUGAUUUAUUUCAGUAAUUCCAUUCAAAA